UUUUCGCUCUGAUCGUGCUCGGCAACUCGGCCGUGCUCAUAGCGCUCUACCUCAACAAGAACCGCAAAUCCCGCAUGAACUUCUUUAUCAUGCAGCUGGCGUUUGCAGACCUGACGGUCGGCCUCAUCAAUGUGUUGACGGACAUCGUGACAAGGAUCACCAUUGUAUGGUACGCGGGCAACGUGGCCUGCAAGAUCGUACGUUUCCUGCAGGCAGUCGUUACGUACUCGUCGACCUACAUGCUGGUGGCACUGAGCAUUGACCGCUACGACGCAAUCACGCACCCCAUGAACUUCUCAGGAAGCUGGAGGCGGGCACGAGCGCUCGUGGUGACAGCCUGGGGUCUCAGCUUCCUUUUCUCCAUACCCAGCAUGAUCUUUUUCGAGGAGCAGCCCAUCCAAGGGCACGCGCAGUGCUGGAUCGACUUCCCGCACAACUGGCAGUGGCAGGUCUACAUGACGCUGGUGGCGGUGGCGCUGUUCAUCGUGCCCACGGUGAUCAUCUCGGCGUGCUACGCCGUCAUCGUGUUCACCAUCUGGAGCAAGAGCAAGCUGCUGGCGCCCAGUGUGCGGCCGUCCAGGUACUCCGCCAGCCGUGGCAACAGCCGCGCGGGCAGCGGCGUCGGCAGGGGUCCGGCGCCGAGCUUCUCGGACGAUCAGGACUGCCGGCGCGCCAGCUCGCGGGGACUCAUACCCCGGGCCAAGAUCAAGACCGUCAAGAUGACCUUCGUCAUCGUCUUCGUGUUCGUGCUGUGCUGGAGCCCGUACUUCGUGUUCGACCUGCUGCAGGUGUUCGGCCACGUGCCGAGGACGCAGACGAUGGUGGCGCUGGCGACGUUCAUACAGAGUCUGGCGCCGCUCAACAGCGCAGCCAACCCGGUCAUCUACUGCGUCUUCUCCACGCAGAUAUGCCGCACGCUCAGGUAA